AUGGCGAGGUAUAAAGCAAGAGGUUCUAUAAUUCAGUUCAAAUGGCAAGAAACCGCGGAAGGACGCGAGUUUUUGGGAGGGAUUUUGCAUCGAAACAGAAGAAAAAUGUUUGGUGAGGAAAUCAAUCUAUUCCCGAUUCUAAAGUUAUUACUAAGAGUUAGUUUGGAAAACUAGCAUGCAAUAUAAAAACAUUUUUUCUUUGUUUUCAGGAGUGCUUGAAACACCCAGUCUUCCACCACAGCUAAAUAUAGAGACUGUAUCCUAUAAGAUUAUUUUAACUGGCAAGCCUGCUGUUGGAAAGACCAGUACAGUUGCUAAGCUUCUAGGACAAGGUAAAAUGGACAGACUUUGUCCAAAAAAAAAAAUUAACAAAUUAACAAAAUCCUCAGGGUAGUUGGGCAUUUUGACCUCAUACAGAUUAAAUGGGCCAUCCCAUACCCCCAAUGGCUUAGGUGAGUUGACUUAUACCCUCGUCGAAAAAAGAAAGAAAAUCGAAAGUACUGACACAACCCUCUCCCCCUUUACAAAUAACCUGUGUUUUCUUUCCUCUUAUAGAAAGUAGGGAAUUUUCAUUUGCAUACCGCUCAGAAAUGUACCCAAGAUAUGAGGGUGCUUUUUGGCCACACCCUAAGAAGUGACUUUGGUGCUCCCCUCAGAAAAGUCUCAUCCAUAGGGGGUGUUUUCUGUUAAAUGGAAUGGCCCAAUACCAUGAACAAUUACCUCUUUUUAGCGGACCAUCUGCGUAUUACAUGUAUUUAAAAAUUUGAAGUUAAUGCCAUGUAUGUCUGACAGCUUUUUAGUGGUGUCUGACUUCAGUGGUGACCUGAUUAGACAUUAUUGUGUCCUUUCUAGAAAGCAAAAUUAUUUGCAGCCUUGUAUGUGUACAGUACAAAUAAGCUUUUCAAGAAGAGCUAUACUUUCUCAACAGAAGGAUUUGUACCUUGCUGACGCCCACCCCAGGCCACCACUCAAAUAUUGGUGUUAUAUAAAAUUGCCCUACUCUCUUAUGAAGGAAUUGUGGAAAUUGGAUACAGAUGAACAGGACAUUAAUUUUAAGCCACUUGCCCCUUCCCCUUACCUCUCUCACACUCACAUACACUCUGGCAGGGGUGAAACAAUAGGUCAUACUUCAUUACAUAUAUCACUAUGUUGUGAUUAAAUAAUAAUAAUAAUAAUAAUAAUAAUAAUAAUAAUAAUAAUAAUAGUAAUAAUAAUAACAAUAAUAAUAAUAACUUUAUUUCUAUAGUGCUCUUAUCCUAUGUUCAAGGCGCUUUACAGUCAUGUAAACAACAAUAUUGAAAAAUAUUUACCAAUUUACAACCAUAUCCUAUUAUAUUUACAAUGAGUAAAAAAGGAAAAAAUUACAACUAAAGCAACUUUUAAACCAUUUUAUUCAUAAUGAUUAAAAAAAAGGGAAAAAUUAUAACUAACGCAAUAUAUACAAAUCUAUAAAAACAAUGAUCCGUUAUUACUGAAUUUAGUAAACAAGUACGUCUUAAGUGAUCUUUUAAAACUCGAGAUGGUGUUGGACUUCUGAAGGCAGCACUGAACAGCUGAUGAACACCAGCCAACUGCUGCGUGACUCUUGAGUUUUUACGUAGUGAUUAGACUGGUUAUAAAAAGUCUGAGUGAAUCAAGUUCCAAUUCGGUUUGCCCCACAUAGAGCCUGAGAAUACAGCCAUCUCUCCUUGUUUCUCCCGAAUGGGUACAUUUUGCAGGGGUGACGUCUGCAUCUCAGGACAGAAAUUCCAUACUUGUGAUGUGAAAUCUGUCUGGAAUUUAAUCAGGAGCUCUGAUUUGUAUCAGAUUUCUGUGGAUGAGAUGUAGACAUCUCUCCUGAGAAACAUCCCAAGCAGCAACGAGAGGAGGAGGAGGAGGAGCAAAGAGACUGGUGCAUUAAAUUUGUAGGCUUCCCCAUAUAAUGACUUUUCUUUUCGUGACUUUUUUGCAACAUUUAGAUGUAGCAUAAAGAUUUUAGAUGGUCAUGGAUAUCAUUACGUUAUUUUUUUAUGGUGCUUUAAAAGAGCACUAGCGCAAAUUUAAUAAAACCAUUUAAAUUUCUUUAGUCACAGCCAACAAAACAGUUCUAGGCCUUUCACCUCUAGUUGCAUUAAACUAUGUUACUGAAUGAAAAUGAAAAUGAUGUUGUUUAAUACUAAGUAAUUCUUAUUCAACCCAGAAAUCACAAGUGGUUAGAACUGAUAUUAUUAUCUGCUCUGUUUUGAUGCAGAAAUUCCCCGCAUUCAUGUAGAAACCCCGGGCAUUCAAACCUCAGUUGUCUACUGGCCAGCAAAGGUAUACAUUAUUUUUACUGUCAAAGAAUAUGAUGAACAACAAUUAGGAGGUAACUCAAGAUUGCUCUUUGCAGACAGUUGUCUUACAGUUUUGUUUCUCCAAACAUCAAGACUCAAUCAAAGCAAAACUAUUUCCAAAUGACAAGACAUUUUCAAGUGUUUUGUUAAAAAAAAGAACAAACAAGGCUGUUUUUUUUAUUCAGAGUUUACUGACUUCUCUCAAAGUUUCUUUGACAAUUUUAGCUAACUUUCUCAGUGAAGAUUUCUUUGAAAACUUUUAGAAGAGAUAGCAACAGCAUCUCUCCCUUCUGUUCGCUUUCUAAAUCCUUUUGCUUCAAAAAGCUCCUUCCUUAGACUCCAAUUUAUACCCUUGAAAUUCGUCUGUUUUCAUAAUCUCUGCUGGCAACAAAAGGAUUAAUUUGCUUAUUACAAUGUAUUUACAAUUUUGCCUGUUUCAGUUGAAAGAGAGCCAGAAAGUUGUUAUGUUCAAGCUUCAGUUUUGGGAUUGUGGUGAACAUGCUGUCAGAAAAUAUGAUCAUAUUUUGCCGGUAAGAAUUGAAAUACAUACACAUGUUAAAAUGAGAGAACAUUAAAUUUGAAUAAUAUACAUAUGAAAUAAUUAUUUCAUUUAGCAUAUCACUUGUGAAGACAUGGUAUAAAUCUCUAAACCAAAAAUCCUCUUUUUGAUAGAAAUUUGACCCAUGAUCAACCCCAUUAUUGUCAUAAAAGUGCAGUUUAGUAUUCUUUUACUUCUAAGACUUACAGACAAAAUAAUAAGUUUUACAAUUUUUUUACUUUCUCGCUUAACAAACAACCUCAGUUUUGAAAACAAAUUGUUAUUUUUUCAUAAUUCAGAACACAAAAGAUAAUAAAAAAUUGAAGAUGCCCUCUAACAAACAAACAGACAAACAAAAUGAGAAAAAAAAAAACAAACUGCCAGCUACUUAAUUAGAGGCACAGUAUUUUAAGGAAACUUUUAGAGGCCAUUUUCAAAUGUACCUGUAGCUGAGCUGUUGCCUUGGUGAUGUUAAUUACCCUUUGCUUGUCUAUUUGAGUCAAAGUGUAAUAUUUUUUUGCUAAUUUUAUUUCUUUUAAAGACACUAUUAAAAGAUAAACCCUUAAAACAGCCCCUUGAGUUUAGACUGCAAAACAGUCAGUGUUUUUCCUCAAAACUGUUUUAGCGUAGCUGAAGAGUCUCACAUGCACAAAGUGCGUGAGCCUCACACGCCCAUCCCCAGUCUCGCUCUCCGUUUUCAGCCUCGGUCCAGACCUUUUGUUUGACUGCUUGCGCGUACUUGAAUACGCAAAAAUACGGGAUGUUUUGCAGUCUACCUUGAUUUUUUAGUUGUUCUCAAUCCACAGGCACUCAAAGAAAAAGCUGAUGCAGCACUUUUCCUGUUUUCAUUUACUGACAGGUAGGUUUCCUCUUUGAUAACACAGUCGACUACCGAUAACUUGGACCUUCAAGAGAAAUUGAAAUUUUUGAGUUAUUGAGGGUAAAAAUGAAUAGAAAUGAUCUGGGCUGAGUUGCUCAAAGCAUGGUUAGCUUUAACCAUUGGUUAAGCAGUAUCAAAACCAAUACGUUGUCAAGGUAUUAAACGCUGGUUAACGCUAACCAUGCUUCGAGCAACUGGGCCCUGAAGGUUAAAUAGCAUUUUCUGCAAAGUUAACUUUGUGCACAUACACUGUACCAGAAAUAGAAAUCUAAUACGUAUAGUACUUGUUCCAAAGCGAAACGAAAGUUUAUUUUUCAUGUGUUCUGUAUUCUGUCAAAGCCUGAAUUCUCACAGCUGUUUUAUUAUUACCUUUUCUCACAGGGGCAGUUUUGAUGACUUACCAAAUCAGGUAAAUGGAGAAAAAAACAUUAAUUUUACACCCUCAGAAAACAGCCGACAUUUGUCGCCGCCACCACUGGAUUCCCUGGGAAAUGAAUGAGCGUGGAAAUUCCACCUUGAUGACGUCUUACUACUUAGAUGUGAAAUGCUUCUGAUUGGUCGUGCCAUAAGGCAAAUUUGCUUCAACAAAUCAAAAGUACCACCCUAGACUGCUUGCAGUCCGCCUUUUCUCUUAAAAUCCGUCUAGUUCUUGAUCUCAUCCAGCGCGAUUGCAAACCUCGUUUCUCGCGGCUUCGCCGCUCGCGUGCUUAGGUUUUGCGUGUAGUAACUUUGCAAAGAAAAAUAAGAGACUGCUCGCAGUGUAGUACCACCCAGAUCUGGGUAGCGACAGGUCAUUAGCAUGGUACAGUGAAAUCUCGAUAUAACGAAGUGCCAAGGGACUGGCACAGGGCGCGAUCCAUUCAACCAAAAUUCCAGCCGGUCCGACCGGGAAAAGGGGACCACCUCAAAAGGUGGACCCGUUUUUUCGAAACUUUUCCGGUUGGACCGAACCGAUCCAUUGAGUUUUGGACCGAAAUUUCCGGAAAGUUUGGUUGAAUGGAUCGCGCCCACAAUUUGUUGGCUAUAACGAGGUUUCGUUAUAUGGAGGUUCUUUUCCAUAUAUUUUACUAUAACUGGACUGCAAAUUCAAAUUUAUUUGGCAAAAUUGGCCAAUUUGUGGUCGUACAAGAGACUCGGCCGGUAUUGUCGAACUGUACUAUGCCGGGUACAGGCUUUGGGAAGCCAGCGCUUCAUUUCAGUGGCUGUUCCGAGGUUGAGCCGUAGACUGUGUCAAAAUUUGUCCUCAGAUUAGUCCCAGAAUGUAUUUCUACACAAACCGAUGCGGUCACAGGCGCAACCAAAAUGGCUAAUUCGGUCCGAGUGGAUAGUCCUUCAGAUAGAUCUUGACUACUAACAAUUAUGUUUUCACACUAUAUGCAGAUAAAUCGUAUUCUGGAUGAAGGUGACAAGAUUCUGCAAAUAGCUGUUGCCACUAGAUAUCCUUUCAAAUGUUCUUACGUAUGAAUAAUGAGAAGAAAAAGACAGUACUCCGGUCUCUCCUGAGGGCCGUUGCGUUUUAAGGAAGUCUUUAAUGUCGUAACGAAUGGUCAUUGGCCGUAAAGCAAGCCGGGGAAAACAUUCUAGAUAACUAAAAUAGUACCGUAAAAUUCCGAAAAUAAGCCCCGAGGCUUAUAGUCACGGUUUCAAAGGCCUUUUUUGAGGGGCUUAUUUUUGGAGGGGCUUAUUUACGAAGGGAAAUUUGCCUUUCGAAAUCGAUUGGGCUAGCCUUAUAGUUUGAAGUAAAUUUACCGUUUUUGCUUUGUUUUACUUUGUAUUUGAGGGUAAUUUUCCAAGUACAAGCCCCCGGGGGGCUUAUGUUUGAAGGGGCGAUUUAACGGAGGAUUUUUGCGUUACCCGUGUGGGGGGCUUAUAUUUGGAGGGGCUUAUACAUGGAGGGGCAUGUUAUCGGAAUUUUACGGUAUAAAAAUAUCGCCCAUUUUCAUUUGUUGUUGUUGUUGUUGUUGUUUGAUGAAUUGUUUGUUUGUUUGUCACCUUGACAUUUUCAAUAGUAAAACUUGUGAGUGUAAAAAAAUUUUCAGCCCUUUACUGUGUUUUUUAUUAUUAACAUUUAACCCGAGUGAGACCUCACAACGCCGAAAGGUUUUUGUUAAUAUUGCACCUUAACAUGUACCAAACUUGACCAAAUUUUGAACAGCGAUUUUACAGAACAAGAAAUAAGAGAGUUUGAGGAUCAAUGGCAGGUCCCUGUACUCAGAAUAGCGAAUGUGACCGGUCAGAGAACGGCUGAUGGUCGAGGUUUGGACGGCCGGUCGGGGAUUACGGUAAGUCAGAUAAGCGUUAAGCCUUUAAAACCUGAGUUCAAAAUCUGAAUUCUCAUUUGUUGCCCCUUGUUGUGGGGAGUAGUUGAUGAAAUCUCAAUCAAAUUCAUCGUAUGUGAUCAUGUCCGUAAUUCUCAUGACCACUCUGUUUUACAAGGCAUUGAUAUUACAAGGGAAAAUUUGACGCUGAUCACCCGUAGGGCUUGAAGGGUCAAUUAUUCCCUUCACUCCACUGAGGCCAACUUAAAAAUCUGUUAUUACAUUUUAUAAAUUACAGAACCAUGAACAGUACCAUGUAUAAGUACUGCGUCAGGUUAUUCCUUAGCCGAGUUGCAUUGCGCAAAAAAGAAUCUAUGGCGUUCCGUUAAUUAAGUCAAUUGUUCAUAGAUUUAGACUGCAGUUCGGUCAAAGUACAGAUAGUCGAAAGGCAGUGACGUUUCGAAGGCCAACCCUUCGUCAGGGUCGUAAUGAAUAGUUACAUCGCUGUUUUGUUUGACCAUAACUCACUUCUUUGGAGUGAACUAGUGGAUCAGCUUUUAAUUUUCUUAAGUUCUUUAAUUCGUUCUUGUUGACGGAGCCUUUGUAAGUCAUGAGGACGUUAAUUAAGCUCAGUUACUAAGAGAAGAUAAUACUUAGUUCAGUCGUGUGUUCAUGCUAUCCACAAAAUCUUUAAUUUUUCAUUUAUAGCCUGCGUAGUUGGUGGGGUUGUUAUUUAGCGUGGGAAAAGUUGUGGUAAAGAGACUGCGAAGCCGUCCGGAGAGAGGGGAGGAAGCGCUUUAAAGUCGCUCGCGCCUUUGGCGCUCGCUUCUCACGGCAAAGCCGCGAGAAUGGCGGCCUCCCCGCAAAAACUCUUACAAGCGCAUAACCAAUUCCCUCAGCCGUGCAGGCUAGUAGGUCAUUUAUCGCUUUCGUUUUCCUGAGAUGACGGCGGAACCAUAUAUCUUGCUUCAAAAGCACGCGUAGAGGCGUUGUUUUUGCUCAAGAUCCCUUUUUUCCGCAGUUCUUGUUCUUGUUGUCUUCACCGUUCUGGUUCUUUUUGUUCUUCAGUUGUCAUUUUACUAGUCGUUUUAAACUUCAAUCACGAGAUCAAAAUUAAAACUGUAAAAUGACUGUGGGCGUCGAUCUUGGCAAAAGCCCAUAAGAACCCUAACGUGACUGCCAUACUCUAAGUCUUUGAUCAAAAAUAUAGAAAUAACUCACUUUUUAUGUAUAGUCUGCAAUUAAUAAUAACCCAUUACAAAUCACGUGAAAUUCUUGCGGGUAUCUUUCUUGUCCUUCCUGGUAUAACAAGUGCGUGAGAGCAGGCUAACUAAUAACUGAGUCUGCUCUCACGUGAUCUGGUAAUUGAGGAAACGAAGCGAAAACUCUAUUGACAUUUUUAGGAUAUUGCACCGUUCCUGAACUCUUUGGCAGAGUUGCUAUGGCAACGAGAUCAGGUGACAGCAGCUUCCGGGAAGAGGCAAAUAUCCCGGCAUUCCUCUGGCGCUUCACGUGGUUCUGCGGAGUUCAAGAUUUACAUUUGA